GCUCGCUCCAGCGUCCGGUCAGAAGCAGUUGUGCGGUGGAGAUUGAGCGCGUUCCGAUCCUGCGAGCGGAGAUUUGCAAAUUACAGCAUUACUCUGCGCUGUACAUAUGUAAAAUACUAUAACCGCGUUACUGAGCAUUUGUCGUUUCGUUCGUGCGUUUCAUUAUUUUAUAUAAAAAACAUUUGCUUCACGGCUGAAAAGUUGAGGCUGCACAGCGCGAGCGAGAUGAUGCUUGAAUCCAUUGAAGUUAUAGAACGGCUUCAUUGGCCAGAGAUGGAAAUGUCUAAGAGUUGUGUCCUAAGUCCGAUGGAGAAGCCUGUGAGCCCCAGUCAGCUGCAUCUGGAGCACAUAUCCUCUGGUGUUCUGAAGGACCUGUUUAACACAGCCACCAGCAGCUACAACACACUGCUGCAGAAAGAGUCAGAUGCUCAGGAGAGCCCUAAACACUCCUCCUACAAGUGCCCCAAAAGAGUCUCCACGGCAAGGCAUCCCAACAGACCCUUGCCGACUCUUGCGCCUCUAACAAUGAGUGGACUGGCCUUUGGUUGCAGAGACAGCAGGCAUUCUCAGUCUGUGUUCUCCUGUUUCUCCACCAGCAGUUCCAAGCAAACUAAUAGCAUCACCGUGCUGGGCAGUGCCAUCCGCCUGGCCCCCGGCCCCAUCCCCAGGCCAAAAAACUGCUACCCGGCCAGCACCAAACUCCCACAGCUGUCCAGAGUGCUCCCUGCUACUCGUGAUGGAGAGAACUCAAUAAAAAAGCUAUGCAUCCUCACUGCCAUAAAGCCGUCUAAUGUGGAGAAAGAGAAGGCCAGGUUUUUCAAAUCAGAAUUUAAAUGCAACCCUCAGUUUGAGUACAACAACCCUUUGCCUCCACAAGUACUAGCAAAGCACAGCACCGCUUCAGACCGCUUCCUCACACAGGCUGUGCGCAUCAUGGAGUUGGCCGUGCAGAAAUACGGCUCCUAUGAGAAGUUUGAACAGGCUACUGGAGGAAACCUCCUCACCAAGAGCCGCAUCUGGUACCAUGUCAAAAAAUACAUGGAGAAGGAAGGAUGCAUGGGAGAGAUUGUGGUUAAUCUUACUGAUGACCUCCUGUCCAGAGCGUCUAUGACUGUGGUGAACGGCAGACCUACACUCACCAUUAACAUCUCUACUGCCAGAGAGCAGUGGCUGGAGGGGAUGCUGAGGCACGAAAUCGGUACACACUACUUCCGUGGCAUCAACAACAGUCACCAGCCGUGGAGCAGCGGUGGCGGCAGGAAGAAACACGGUCUGCGGCCCAUCAACCCCACUGAGGAGGGUCUGGCCAGCAUCCACAGCGUGCUCUUCCGCAAGGACCCCACCCUGUGGCGCGCCGCCCUGCUCUACUACACCGUCUACCAGGCCAGCCGCAUGUCCUUCUCACAGCUGUUUCACAACCUGGGCCGGUUUGUCCACGACCCCAACACACGAUGGGACUACUGUGUCAGAGCCAAACGAGGACAGACCGACACAGCACUGCCAGGUUGUUUCAGUAAAGACCAGGUUUAUCUAGAUGGCAUCCUGAAGAUCCUCAGGCACAGAGACAAGAUUGACUUCCAGCUGCUUAUGGCUCUGGGCAAGGUGUCAUAUGAGGACGUGGAGCGUCUGAAGAGUCUGGCUCUGCUGGAGCAUGUGCGGAUUCCUCACUUCCUGCAGGACCAAGCGCGCUAUACAGAGCAGCUUCAUAAAAUCAUGGAGGUCAACCAGUUAACCGAUGAGGAGCUGUGCACACUUAUCUGAACUUAUGUGACCUCCGACCACCAGCAUGAUUCUCACAAAGCCUGUCCAGGUCAUACAUUACCAUUCAUAAAUAAAAAAAAUAAAACAUGUCCAGGUCAUAUUUCACUAAAAACGAAAGAAAGAAAGAUUAAAUUACUUUUUGCAUAAAAAAAUAACCUAUUUUUAGAAGCAUUAAAUAUUUUUU